GCAGGAUGCUGGAUUGGCACUGAAGCGAAUCCCACGACAGAUUCGGCAGAAUGACUGGUAUUUCCGCUGGGUUCGACGCGGAAAUUGGGGAAGAAGUGUUGUUGGAGGGUAAAUUUUCAUUAUUUCCGCGUUCCGGCGAAAUUUUCGACGUCCGCUUGACGAGGGGCCAUUUCCAGUUCGCUUCUCCGACCCGAACGGAAAGUGUUUCUCUGUCGGACGUCGUGGGAUGUUUGUGCAUGCGACGCAAAGGUUCGGCAAGAAUUGCCGCCGAUCCCGGUGCGUAUUUCGGCGUCUAUUGUUACCCUCUGUCACGGAAGAGAGUCGGACGAGGGUUUGUCCGCAAGAGGCUCGUGUUGGCGUUUCUGGUGAAUUCGGCGGGGGUUUACGACGAGAACCUGCGGGUUGCGGAUUCCUGGAGGAAGGUGAUUCUGGCCGAGUUGUGGAAGCCUAGGCCAACCCUCCCGCAGGUGGAUUGCUUGCCGGACAAGAAGUUUCUGAUCUUGGUGAACCCGGCGAGUGGACCGGGAAAAGCAUUGGAGAUAUUUAUGCAACGCGUCCGACCGGUUCUCGCAGAAGCUGCUGUUGGCUACGAUCUCGUGGUGACUGAACGACGAAAUCACGCCAGGGAUUUAGUAGCUGAUCCGUCGAUUUCUCACAAGUAUUCCGGCAUUGUCAUUGUAUCCGGGGACGGAUUAAUCCACGAGGUCUAUAAUGGACUAUUUAGCCAGAAAGAAUGGCAGAGUUCGUUGCAGUUUCCGGUUGGAGUCAUUCCAGGGGGAUCCGGUAACGCGCUCGCCAAGUGCAUUUCGUACCAUGCCAAAGAACCGUACGAAGAAAACCCUGCGUUGGUGUCUGCGCUGAAUUUGGUUUGGCACACGAUCGUGCCCAUGGAUUUGAUGCUGGUUCAGACGAAGGGAAGAACGUACUGCUCGUUUCUGUCUGUCGGCCACGGACUUCUUGCCGACAUCGACAUUGAGAGCGAGAAGUUGCGUGUGUUGGGAGAAACUCGGUUCACUGUCUGGGCUGUGGCGAGGCUUGCGAAUUUGCGAACGUAUCGUUGCCGAGUGUCGUUCGAGCCGAGUCCGAUGGAAAAUGUGCCAGCAAAUGACGUUUCCCGUGGGAAGAUGACGACGAUCGAACGCCAAGUGAGUGAAUCCCCUCGCACUCCGGCGAGUGGAACCAGUGAAGUUAAGAGCGAUGAAUCCAGGAAAUCGGGGUUGAAGCACAGUCAGAGUUACGGUGGUGAAGCGGAGAAGCCGAGUAGGUCUCGAUUGUUAUCGCGGGGCGUCGCUGGGGUCAGUUUUGAAGAAGCUGAUGAAGUAUUGCGAGAUGCGAGUGUUUCAGCGUGUGACACGGAAUUGAAAGAAGUUGGGGCAGGUGACACUGCGGAUCCCGUCGAGGUGGAUGAACCCGGUAGACUCAAGAUUCCGGGCUUGGAUGAACCGGUUCCUGAUCAUUGGCACGUCAUUGAAGAGCCGCCGCAUUCUCAUACCGAGUGGCGGCUGUUCAACGAAAUUGUCGGAAUUAGAGCAUUAUUGGCGGCAACCCUUGGAAUAGAUGCCAUUUCCAUAGCAGGAAUUUGGAAGGAAAACCUUGGCUCUGACGAAAUGGUCGUUGUUUACGCCGUCAUACAGUCGCACAUAAACUCUGACGGAAUGCUCGCACCGAAGGCGACUCUCAGCGAUGGAAACAUUUGGCUAAUGUUCAUUCAAGCUGGAAUUCCGAAAGCUCAAUUGCUCAAGGUGCUGGUGUCCCUUUCGGACGGAAGCUACUUGAAAUGCCCUCACGUCACUCAGAUCCCUGUGAAAGCUUUUCGCAUCGAGCCGUCGACAUCAAGCGGUUAUAUGACAGUUGAUGGAGAAAGAAUUCCGGUCGGACCCAUUCAAGCGGAAGUCAUGCCUUCUGCCGCGCGCGAUUCUGAAGAAGAUGUCGAAAUGGACCAAGAAGUUCCGUCGGAAGAGCCUGAAGUGUCAGCUUCGCCGUCUCCGGACGCUACGAAUGAGGGAAAAGAAGUUCUAGUUCCUGUUGUUCCCGAUUUGUCGUCAGUUGACAUGGAAAAAGACAUCAUGGACAUCGAAGCUCCGAGAUUCACGACGCUUCAUCGCCCUUCAUCAGAAGCGUUGCAGUCAUUAGCGUGGGGCAUGAAAGCUGAGCUGAUCGGAGGAAAGGUUUCGAGUCCUAUGAUCCAUUGCUGUUCGCAAUGUAACAAACCAAUCCUGAUCUAUGGGCGAAUGAUUCCAUGCAAACACGUGUUCUGCGUUCCGUGCGCGCUGAAGGAGAAGGAUCGUUGUAAGCACUGUCGUGCGGAGGCUGAGAGAGUGGACAAUGUGCGUCUGGGCUUCGUGUUCAUGUGCACGGAAGGCGGCACUCGUUAUGGUACGAACGGGUGUCGCCGGACGUAUAUGUCGCAGCGAGACCUACAAGCCCAUAUGAAUCAUCGUCACGCCGGGCCGUCUUCGUCGAAACCGUCCUCAGCUUUGGACUCUCACGUGAGUUCUCACGGAGUUCUCAAGGGCCCCGUUUCCCCGGCGUCCACUAUCGGCGGCGCGAAGAAGAUCUUGUCUCCUACUGCCAGCAGCUCGAGGCCGCACAAUGGUUCUCUGCCCUUGUGUGGCAUUCCCAUCAGGACAGUGAGUGCCCCUCGUGUGUCACCGGGAAUGCAAGUGAAUUCUCGAAACCCGGACGGCGUGAGUUCUUCGUUGGACCGAAUCCAUCGGGCACCUCCGCCGCAGUUAUCGCCGAUAUCAGUGGUGGCUUCCUCGCGCUCUGCGGGUUUGGGUGGCAUUCCUGUUCAGGACGCCGUGAGCAGUUCGGACGCACCGCUUUCGACUUAUUCCCGACCGCCACCGCCGAUCGAUGUGGCCUACUACGCCAUGACGGCGCCGCCGCCUCUGCCGGACGUGUCUUACGGCAAUCUCAGUGUUCCGCCGCCGAACUUUAUUCACUCGUGGUCCCGUCCCUCAUCGUCGCGGAUGGAAGUGUUGCGAACUCAGAACGUGUUCGUGAAGAAAACUCGUGGUGGGUCGAUCCAAAAAGUAGUUCGUGAACAUUACUUACGGGACGAUUUGUGGUGCGGUUCGCAGUUGUGUCGCGAAUGUCGGCACGAUGUUCCGGUACUCGAGAAAAUACCGGAAUCCAUCUCAUCGGUUUGCACAAAUCCGCAUUACUUGAUUCCCGAUCACUUCUUCGUAUUGGAACAGAUCGACGUGUUGGAGGCGGAGUCAAUCCGGAAUUGUAUCAUUCUGUCGACUGUCCUUCAUGAGGUUAAACGGAAAAGCGGACCAACCUACAAACGCUUAAGAGACUUGAUCUCCAAUCCUCAAAAGCGGGAAACGCACGUAAAACGCAAACUCGACGAAUCUGAAGAUGAGCGGAAUUUAAGGGCGAUGCAGUACGUUUGUCGUUGGUACGAAAACCAUUUGAAUACCGGAGAGGUGUUGAAAUCUGGUCAGCCAUCGUUGAAAGUUGUUUUGAUUUCGGGUUCUGAAGCUGCUCGUGAUUCCGCGCGGAACUACGGAGUUUCCUCCUUCACUGUGAAAGAGUACGUUGAAGCAGCUGCGGACAAAUUUCCGGAGCUGUGCGAUAAAGUUUCCCAGACAAGCAAAUCGUACAUCAGUGAUCAGAGGUCGAUAUUCCCACCGCAUUUGACUCCAUUGCAAAUCAAGGAAAAACUCAAGAGAGGGGAAAUCAAGCAAGGCAGUUUUAACGCAUCUCGAGAAAAUUAUCUCGAGGGGUUCGUGAACGUGGAGGGCAUUGAAAAACCCAUUUUGAUCCAAGGAAUGUCCCAUUUAAACCGCGUGAUGCACGAUGACGUCGUAGUUGUUGAGAUUCUCCCCGAGGACAAGUGGGUGGGACAGUCUGGUGUCGUGCUGGACGAUCCAGAGGAGGACAAAGGGGACGCUGUCGACGAUGCUGAAGUUGCUCUUCCGGAAAAAUCCGCUGAUGUUCAACCAACGGGGAAGAUAGUGGGAAUCAUUCGGCGGAAAUGGCGGCAGUAUUGCGGAAUCCUCCAGCCAUCAGCCAUAAAAGAGCAUACGAAGCACCUCUUCAUUCCGGCGGAGAAAAGGAUUCCGAAAAUUCGAAUCGAAACGAGACAGGCGGAGAAAUUAGCGACGAAUCGAAUCGUUGUUCAGAUGGACGAAUGGCCGCGACAUUCGCGCUAUCCGCUGGGUCAUUACGUGAGAAGUUUGGGGAAAAUUGGUGAUAAAGCGACGGAGAACGAAGUUCUACUUCUGGAACACGAUGUGCCCCACUCGAAAUUCUCCGAAAACGUGCUGAAGUGUUUGCCGAAGUUGCCUUGGGGAAUUGAAGACUCCGUUUGGGAAGUGUAA